CCGAGGAAACAAGUACCAAGCUUUGGCCGGAUUUCAGAUUCAGUUACCGGUUUGAGUUUGUUGUUGAAUGAGAGUGAAAUGCACGUCUUUACCAAUCUAACAUCAAAAUUCUAAAUUUCCAGAUCUGUACACUGCCCCAUAAAAAUGGCUGUGGUCAUCGAAACCUCCAUUUGGGAACCUAACCCCUCUCUGUAUCUCUUCAUUUUCAUCUCUUGCUUCUUCUCCAUCGUUCUCUUCCCUCACGCAUCAAGAACCAACACUAGCAUCAACAAAUCUCAAUUUCAAUCUCCUUUUGAUCAUGGCAUCUCAUCUUCUUCUUUCCAACGUUUUCAGCGAAAGUUCCUCCUUUUCUUCUCUCUCGCUUCAGUCAUGGAAGGGCUUUGGUCUGUGUUUGGAGAGUUGGAAUUGGCUAAUUAUGGAGUUAAUAAAGAGCAAAUGGUGACUUCGCUGUGUGUUGGAUAUGGAGCUUCUCUUCUUGUUGGUACCUUCUUAGGGAUGAUCUCUGAUUUAAUAGGUCACAAGAAAGCUUGUUUGAUUUUUUGCAUCCUGCAUCUCUUUGUUGGCGUAUGGAAGAGGAUUAUGCCACAUCCUAGCAUCUGGUUAGCAAGUAUAUGUUUAUCCCUUGCCACCUCGAUCUUUUCUUUCAGUUUCGAGGCAUGGGUAGUUGUCGAAAAUGAAAAGCAAGGACAUGGACAAGAUACUUUGAGUGACACAGUUUGGUUAAUGACUUUCUUUGAGUCAGCAUCAUUAAUUGGAAGCCAGGUGCUUGCAAAUUGGCUGUUAGGUAGUAAUCCGGAAAAAGGCAUUGCAUCCUCUUACUCUGCAGCCACCUUUAUGGCAAUGAUAGGUAUCAUGUUUGUCAGCAAGGGAUGGAAAGAAACCACAAAGAAUGCUGCAAUUAAAGAUUAUAGGGUAUCUUAUACUCAUAUCUUUAAUGAUAAACGGAUGUGGCUGCUGGGAUUUGCACACGCUUGCCUUCAGUUCUCUAUUGCAGUCUUCUGGAUUCUGUGGGCCCCAACAUUGGUGGCUGAUGGACGAGAAGUAUCUCUGGGACUGAUACUUCCAUGCCUACUGGGAUCAAGAAUGCUGGGAAGCACAGUAUUUCCAUGGCUUUUCACUGGUCCAUCAUCACUUAGAACUGAGGAUUGCCUAGUGUAUGCAUUCAUUGUUCUAGGGUUCACGUUGUCAAUUGUGGCUUAUGAUUAUCAGGAAAUUGGAGUGUUAGUAUCACUGUUUUGCUUAUUCCAUGCUGGAGUAGGCCUGAUCAUACCUUCACUCGCAAGACUGAGGACCAUGCAUGUGCCGAAUGAGUUGCGUGGAGGAAUGAUAAGCCUUUCUCUAGCUCCUGCAAAUGCAGCUAUUCUGUUUUUGCUGAUGCAAAGAGGCUAUUAUCAGAAACUUGAGAAUUCAACUGUGAUCGCGUUAGCUGCCCUUGGGCUUUUCAUAGCAGCUGGUUGCGUGCAUUUGUUGAAGCGAUGGGGGAAACAGCCGUACCAGAACUGGCACAAGUUGUAGUUCCAACAACUCCAUUGUACACCAAAUUUUAGAACUUGAGUUGGAUUAAAUUUGGGCGUCUGUCAUCUAACUUAGGUGGUCAAGUGAGGUGAAGGAUAGAUUACGUGAUGUCAAGCCCAUAGCAAAGUAAGCAAAAAGGUAUUCAUUUUGUUUUCUGCUUUCUGAAAGCACAUAACGAAAUCCAGGGCUAAAACUUAUAUAAUGCUUCCUUGGCAAAGCCACAGCUUACCAACAAUAGCCAGAUAAUCAACUGAUGUGGCCGUUAGGGAUCGUAGAUCAAUUGUUCCACUUUAUAUUUGCAGGUCCAAUCUCAUAUGUAUAUAACCAGGAAAGAAAAAGGCGCUGCGAGUCCACACAUCCGGAGAGAGCUGAGCAACAUCCACACAUCCGGAGAGAGCUUAGCAACAUGCACGGGAGAAUUUUUAUUCAAUGUUCAAUUUUGCACAAAACUUAGGUUACAAUUUACGUGACGUUCUUUUUUUUUUUUUUAAUUUUUUUAAAAUUUUUUUUGUAUUUAAAGUUAUAUGGUUCUCUUCUUUUCCAUUGUGUGAUUGAUCAAAGAUUUCAUUAGAAUUAUUCUUAAUACAGCCUUUGUUUUUAUUA